AUGCCUUCCAAAUGCAAAGUCGCUGCCAUCCAGGCCGAACCAUGCUGGAACGACUUGAAAGGGAGCAUGGCCAAAACUAUCGGCUUGAUCCAAGAGGCUGCUAGUAAAGGAGCCAACGUCAUUGGUUUCCCCGAGAUCUUUAUCCCAGGUUACCCAUGGACAAUUUGGGCAAACUCGCCAGUCAGCAAUGCUGCAUUUAUGAGCGAGUAUUUUGCCAAUUCCCUUGAGAAGGAGUCUGAGGAAAUGGAACAAAUCAAAACAGCUGUCCGCGAUGCUGGUGUAUUCAUUUCUUUUAUCGAUGAGACCGGUACCAUUGUUCUCCACCGGCGUAAGAUCAAGCCAACCCACGUUGAGAGAGCAUACUGGGGCGACGGGCAAGCCGAUUCCGUCAAGGCUGUUGUCCCCUCUUCGUUUGGUAACAUCGGCGGUCUGAACUGCUGGGAACACACCCAGCCUCUGCUACGCUACUACCAGUACUCGCAAAAUCUAGACAUUCAAGUAUCCAGCUGGCCUCUUUGCUGGGAUGCCCUGGAGGGCCAACCGUGGCCGUAUCACUUGACACCGCCAGCCUGCAACAGAUUCUCGCAGGUCAUGGCGAUGGAAGGCGCCUGCUUUGUCUUGGUCUGCUCUCAGAUAUUAACAGAAGACAGCAAGGCAAAGACAGGAUUGGAAAAGUUUGACUAUGCCAGAGCCCCAGGUGGCGGUUUCAGCAUGAUCUACGGGCCAGACGGCUCUGAGCUCUGCAAGCCAUUGGGGCCAGGAGAAGAGGGCAUUCUCUAUACUGAUGUUGAUCUUUCAUUCCGGGCCAUGAUGCAGCAGAAUCUCGAUCUGGUGGGGCAUUACUCACGGCCCGAUCUGCUGAGUCUUAAUGUGACGACUGAGACUGCAGUCCCGAUUCGUCACAGGUAG